AUGAUAUGGUAUCGCAACUUACCCCCAAAUUCUAUUGAUUCGUUUGCUAUGCUUGCAGAUGCCUUUGUGAAGGCUCAUGCCAGGGUAGUCAAGGUUGAGAGCAGGAAAUCGGACCUUUUCAAGGUUAAGCAAAGAGACAGUGAGAUUCUCAGGGAGGCAUUCACUCAAGGACUUAACCCUCGAAGUUCCUUGGCUUCGGAGCAGCUAAAACAAAAUUUAGUAGAAUACCCGACAGUAACUUGGAGCGACGUCCACAACAGAUACCAAUCAAAAAUCGAAGUCGAGGACGAUCAACUCGGAGCUCCUUCUGGGUCCAUUUAUCCCGCUAGAGCCGACGAUAGGUCUAAGAGAGUCGUUGACCAUGAAUCAAGAUCGAUCCGAGACUGGUAUCAACCAUACAGUAGAGAUCGAAGGGGAAACGGGUCCGGUCGUCACCCUACGAGGAACAAAAAGAGAAGCGAUCGAGGGCCUAGUAGCCGAGGUCUAGUGAGAAAAAAUGGUUUCGACAGGCCACUCGGGGCCAGGGAGGCACCAAGAUUAUUGGAAUAUAACUUCAACGUCGAUGCUGCCAGUAUCGUACCAGCCAUCGGGCGCAUCAAUGAUACCAAGUGGCUUCGACCAUUGCAGUCCGACCCUACCCAGAGAGAUCCUAACUUGAUGUGUAAGUAUCAUGGUACUCAUGGCCAUAGGACUGAGGAUUGCCGGCAAUUAAGAGAAGAAGUCGCCGGGUUGUUUAAUAACGGGCACCUACAAGAAUUGCUGAGUGAACGAGGCAAAAACCACUUCAGAAAUAGGAGACACCAACAAAUAGACUGA